AUGAAUAGCACCAACAAACAAGUUAAGAGCUCUUCCAAGCCCAAUCAAAAGAUGACUUUUAAGUACGUGCCAAAAAAUCAGCGAGCUCCUGGACAAAAGGCUUUAACAUCCGUCAAGAGUGUGGUUGAAACAUUAAUGACCAGUUUCACCUUCCCGCUUUGGAAGCUAGAUCAAACUUUUCCAGUUGGAAAAAUGCAUAUCUCAAUUACUUUUGGUGAACACGGAAGCUCAAACAGACAUGUUGUAACUGUCAAUUCAAACAAGCCAAGGACAUUUCCUAACCCUAUAUCAAGAAAAUCAAAGGUGAAGGAAAAAGAAGAGAUUGUGAUUCAAGAGCAACCAGAAGAAAAUGAACAGGUUAAUUGUGUCUCAUUUGAAGAAAGUUCCAGUAAUGAAUUAGAAAAUCGUACACUUGAAUCCUCAGAAGAAUUCAUUAACAUUGUACCAGCUCCUCCGGGACUAGAAGAUGGAGGACAAGCAACGGUUGACGAGCUUAAGAAAAUUAACCUCGCUACAGAAGAAGACCCAAAGCCAGUUUUUGUGAGUGCUCUUUUGACAGCGCAGGAACAAUCAUACGAGCAAUGUCUUCGAGAAUAUCGAGAUGUGUUUGCUUGGAGUUAUAAAGACAUGCCUGGGUUAGAUCCAGAGGCGGCAGUGCAUAAACUGGCUGUAUCAAAUGAUGUUCAAUGUAAGAAGAACGGGCAAAUUCGUAUUUGCGUGGAUUAUAGAAACCUCAACAAUGCUUGUCCAAAUGAUGAGUUUCCACUCCCAAUAACUGUGUUGUUAGUUGAUGCUACUACUGGAUUUGGGGCGUUAUCCUUCAUGGAUGGAUUCUCGGGAUAUAACCAAAUCAAGAUGGCACCAGAAGAUGAAGAGCUCACUGCUUUGCGAACACCAAGGGGCAUUUAUUGUUAUACAAUGAUGCCAUUUAGACUUAAAAAUGCAGGGGUAACAUAUCAGAUGACCAUGACUGUCGUCUUUGAUGACAUGCUUCAUAACACCGUUGAAUGCUAUGUUGAUGACUUGGAAGUCAAGACUAAGGAAAUGGAGUAUCAUUUAAAUGACCUUAAACGAGUUUUUGACAGACUCCGACAACACCAAGUUAAAAUGAACCCCUUGAAAUGA